UCCUUUUGGACCUCUCAAAAGCGUUUGACAGCGGGGACCAUUAAAUCCUGUUAAAGAAACUAAGCAAUAUUGGGGUUUCAGGUGAAGCCCUUAAUUGGUUUGAAAGCUACAUUACAGAUAGAAAGCAGUUCGUUCGCAUUGGCUCCUCGGUAUCCGAAGUUUUACCAAUCACCCACGGAGUGGCUCAGGGAGCAAUAUUGUCACCGCUAUUGUUCUGCAUCUAUAUAAAUAACCUCUCAAGAGUACUACAAGCAUCUGAGUUGGAAUCAUUCGUCGACAAUUCUAAGAUAUUUAUGUCAUUUCCAAUUGAAGAUAUUGCUAGUGCAAAAACAAAGAUAGAAGAGGACCUCAAAUUGGUCGCAACUUGGUUUUUCGAAAAUAAACUGUUGAUAAACCCCGAGAAGACAAAGUUACUCUUGAUAGGAACUCUGCAACUGCUCGGUAAGCUCCUUGAGGAGACGACAAUUACAUUUCUUGGAGAAGAGAUUAGACCAACCACAAAUGCCAAAGACCUGGGAUUAACCCUAGACACGAUUACCAUAUCAAAAAUGUUGUAUCAUCUUGUAUGGCCAAGCUAUGUCAGAUAAACAGAGUAAAGGAUAGCUUUGAUAGGGAUAGUCUUCGCUUAAUUAUCAAUGCUUUAGUAAUGAGCAAACUUUAUUAUUGCUCUACAGUAUGGUCAAACACUUCUGCAACAAAUAUAAAGAAAUUGAGAGCAGUACAGCAUUUUGCUUGUAGGAUAUUGACACUAAAUACGGGAAGAUAUGAUCAUGUAACACCAGCACUACGGGCAAUUCGCUGGCUUCCUGUAGAGGAACACUAAUACAACUAUUAGAACAACUAAUAACAUACAAAUGUAUGAACGGAUUAACACCACCUUACCUAUCCAAAUUAUUUAUAAAAAGAAAUGAAAUCCACGAUCUAAAUACAAGGAAUAAUAAAGCGCUACACAUCCCUCGACACAAAACAGUUUCAGAACAAAGAACCUUUUAUUACAGAGCGGUAAAGUUAUGGAAUGACUUGAAUGAAAACCUAAAAAAAUUUACCGUGGAUCGACCGGAAAAGUUUUAAAACCGAGUUAAAGCAGAAGAUGCUAAACAACAAUUAAUUACAUUUUCUGAUAUUAUAGAUUUAAUGGAUUUUAAAUAAAUGAUCUCAUAGACAAAUAGACUUUAAUAGACAAAUAGAUUUUAAAUAAUAGACAAAUAGACUUCAUUAGACAAAUAGAUUUUAAUAGACAAAUAGACUUUAAUAGACAAAUAGACUCAUAGACAAAUAGACUUUAAUAGACAAAUACAUUUUAAAUAAUAGACAAAUAGACUUUAAUAGACAAAUAGAUUUUAAAUAAAUGAUUUCAUAGACAAAUAGAAUCUCAUAGACAAAUAGAUUUUAAAUAAACGCUAUAAAUAGGAAUUUUAAUAUAACUAUUAGUUCUGUAAAUAGGUAUUGAAAAACCCUCUCCGGGAAUACUUCAUUGAAUAAUAAUAAUAAUAAUAAUAAAUAAAAAUAAAAAUAACCGGCGAUUGUCUAGGCUAUAGACGGCGAAAAUCGCCGGGUGCCGGCUUCUAUUGGGAACCCUGCUUUGAAAUUGACGAGAAUACUUGGGCCAAGUGUACUGUAAAAGUGACAACAACAUGUAAAAAUUAGAAAAUAGGCACUGUUUGGUAAAAUUUGUACGAAAAUUAUUAUUGCAUGACUCCACAGAAUAUUUUAUGGUAUUUUUUGAAUUUCUAGAAUUGUGUUGACAUUUUCUGCUUUUUCAUUGCAUAGAUUUUAUCAAUUUUCAUCUCUCAGUUUGGUUACUCUUAACACUCGGAGCUUGUCCCCGAGCCAACGGCGCGCAGCGCCGUUCCGGGCGUGAGCCCGGGCCGAGGGUACUAAUUCCUCACGGCUAAUUAUACCCGGGUAUGUGAAAACAUAGCGAAGUUCAAAGUUGUCUUCCAUUUUGUUUAUGUCAUGGACGGUUUUCGACGUUAUGCGCAUGCGUGCGUAUAAGCUCUGACUAAAUAAUUGUUUUUCAUUUUGAAAGAACGUAUUGUGCUGUUUUACAGCAAUUUUUUUUUGUUUUAAAUUUCGUAAAAAAAUCUAAUUCGACGUAUAAAACAGGCCUGAGUGUAAACAUUCAGUACUAAAGUUCCAUUCCGUACUUGCUUUGUGCGAAAUUUUUAAUUAAGCCAUUCACAAUAAAUAAUGUGUUUUAAUGCAAACUGGUAUACAUGAAAUUGCAGGGAAUGUUAUCAUUUUUAAGCUAGCGUAUUAGUUGUGUUUUUAUGUUUGUUUAUAAUGGUCUUAAUACUUUAUGUGGAGUUUUUAUAAUUCAUCUGUUAAGAAAGGCGAGGGGUUGCUGCAUGCAUGUAUUUUCUAGUAGUCUGAUAAAUAUCGAAGUCGCAAAUUGUCUACUAAUUUCGUGUGAGUCGUUGCACUUACACUAAAUCGGUAUAAGAACCAGUUAGAGCUUAAAUUAUUCUAUUAUAUAAAUUUUAAAUAUUUUUUUCCUUUUAAGGUUCAUACGUAUAAAGGUUUCUAUUGGUGUGAUUAUUGUAAAAAUUUCUUAUGGGGUUUAAAGCAACAAGGACACAAAUGUCAAGGUAAUUUUGUUGAGAACAACAAUCCGACAAUUCUGAAAUUUAAUAAAUAGCAUUAAUUUUGUUUUCGAAAUUUCAUUUUAGAUUGCGGGCUUAACGCACACAAACAAUGUGUUGCGAGUAUAAAGGAAAAGAACCACACAAAAAAUUGUCAACCGCACAAAAAAUUAGUGAAACGAGGUAAAAGGUUGAUUUUUACUUGUUUUCUAUACAAAAUAGUUUUUUUUAAGAGCUGUGCAUGUAAUAGACAUUAAUGUACAAGUCUUCAGGCUCCUCGCCUGGUGGGCGGCUUAUUGUCGAUUUCAAGUCACUUUUCAACUCGUGGUUCCCAAGUUCGUUGCGAACUUGCCAAUUACAUUUCCAAGUUCGGAAAUUGAGCGCGAUCUUCGCAACAAAGUUCGCAAGUUCAUUUCAAUGUUUGAACUUCGUUUGUAAACAAAUGUUCAUACUCAAUAAUAAUAACCAAUUCAAUGAAAUACAAACCUUCUUGGUAGCCCACUGGACCAAAAACUUUCCAUUGAAUUGGUAAUUUCAACUUGAACUAUGAAUAUACAAUUACUUUAUGGUUUCCGUGUUCCGUGUUUGGAUGGCCUGAUCCAAACACGGCUUUCGACCAAUCAGAAUACGCGUUAUAUACAUGUUAUUUUAUAACAUUUGUUUACAAUAGUUCAAACAUUGAAAUGUACUUGCGAACUUUGUUGCGAAGUUCGCGCCCAAUUUCCGAACUUGGAAAUGUAAUUGGCAAGUUCGCCACAAACUUGCGAACCGCGCGUUGAAAAGUGACUUGAAAUCGACAGUAAAAACAGCAGUUGAUACUUGUACUUUACAGUACGUACGUAUUACAGCAUGGCUAAAACGCUAACUUCAAAGCCCAGCACAAAUCCAAACAAUGAAAGUACAACAGGGUUAUUCCCUGUAGGAAAAAAACCGACAACGUAUGCAUUUGUUUAUUAGGUAUCAUUUCUUUUUAAUUAGUUUUUGGUGUGGACUUGACGACUCUUGUUAAAGCACACAAUACAAAACUUCCUACUAUUCUGGAAGAAUGUGUCAGAGAAGUUGAAAAGAGAGGUACUUUCAAUUUUCGUGUUUAAUUAUUUUACAUUCUCUUGUAUGUUUUACAUUUUCCUGUUUGUUUUACAGUUUAUUGAAUAUUUUACAUUUUUGUUACCUAGUACUCAAAGUACUGCCUAAUAAGAUUAAUACCUUUCUUCAGACGUCAAGUACUGUACGUCACCUUGGCCAUAGAACUUCGCUUUUGUGCAUGUGACAUUAGUUAAUAUUAUACCUCAACUUCAAAUUAUCCAAUCAGAAAACUCAGUUUGUGACACGUGAGCAUGAAAUUAAUCGCGAUAUCACCUAUGGUUAUCACGCCUUACGUAUCAUUUAGCGAGCCUUCGUUCCUUUUGACAAUGUUCCACACCAUGUUCCCUGUUCGUGUAGACCACGCGAGACAACACGCAUGACAACAAGAUGGCCGACAAAAUAGAAAUAGUAUAAUUGAGUGAUGUAUAAUUAAAUUUUAAAUGUAAAACCUGGGGGGUUUCAAAAUUUUGAAACAAAUUUUGAAAAAUGUUGUUAUUAAUAUUCCGAACGAUAUGUUAUUCGAAAGAAAAGCGACGACACUUGCGUUAAUCUGAAAAUAAAACAUCUUAUUCACGAAGGUAUGUGUCAAGUUUUUAAUUCUCAACUUGGAGUCUUUUAAUUUUCGGUAUAAUAUAUUUAUAGACCUCCGCUCGGGGGAUUCGUCGAAAUAGUACCCUCAGUUAUGAUAUUUCAUAUCGGGUAAUAUUUCCUCGAAUCCCCCUCGCUCCAGGUCUAUAAAUGAUAAAAGUUCAACGUUGCAAUCACGAAAACGAGGCUGUAUAGCCGAGGUGACAUACUUUCCAGAAGGAUGUAUUUAAUAAAUAGGGUGUAUUAAAUUUGGUUUAGUUCUUCACAAUGAGUACAAAGCCCAAGACCUGAAUUAUUGAAACUAUACUGAUUUCACAUGGUUAUUUUUAGGAAUGACGUCGGAAGGUAUUUACAGAGUAUCUGGGUUUGCAGAUGAUAUCGAAAAUCUAAAGAGUUCAUAUGACAAAGGUUAGGGGUUGUAUAUAUUACUGCAUAUGUGGUACAUGAAAAAAGAUUAAUGAGCUUAUGGGAAUGCACGUGCGGGCGGGCGCCCUGGGCGUGGGUACUAAUUCCGCCCGGCUAUUUAUCCCCGGGGUAAGGAAAGCAUUAACGAAGUCUAAAGUUCAUCAAUGAUCGCGGGCGUGGGUUACUGUGCGUGAUUGGGUGGGAGAGACGUUAAUGAAGGUUUGUUUGUUUUAAAUAUUGAUACAAUGAUAUAUGUAUAUUGUUUGCUUUAUAAUUGCUUUAAAAGCUGAUCGUUGUGUAUAUUUUAAAUGAAAAAAGACAGCAUAUAUUUUCAGUUCAGUGUAUCUUGAUUGAUUAUCCUUUUUUAUUGGAAUUUGAAAUCAUUUUAUUUCAAACUCAAAGUUUAUCGAUAAAGGCAGUUUAGUUUUAUAAGAACAUUUUAAAACGUUUUACGAAGCUUUUAUGGUUGAAUUGAAGCUUAUAUUACGAAUAAUAACAUUGGGAAAUUGAUAAUUUUGUAAUUAAAAAUGACAUUUUUAGGGGAUUUUUUAUUUGUAAAAAUAUUCUUAAUAAAAUUAUCGUGUUACCAUGACAACUACUUUAAAUACUACAUGUUCGGAAAAUACAAUGGUUUUGCAUGUAUUUUCUAGUUUACAGUAUACUCUGCAGGGUUCCCAAUAGAAUUUGGAGUAGGAGGCAUUUUGAAAGGAGUGGGCGGCAAUGUGGUGGCGAAGAUACCACUCGCUUGGGGGAGGGGAUCCGAGGGCGUUUCUUUGUGAAAAUUCUGAAAUUUAAACCCUCCGAAAUGGCAUUUCCAGGCAUUUUGCAGAGGUCCAUUUCCAGUCAAGAAAAAUUUCCACGGACAGAAAAUUUCCCGAAAAUGUCAUUGUUAAAAGUUGAAAAUUUUCAACUUCAAAACUUGUUUCCGUGGCCAAUCACAUUUUAUAAAAUUUUCUUUCCGCCGAAAAUUUUCCUGAGUGGAAAUGGGCCUUUCGGUUUUGGAGGUUUUGUCGUUUUAUCCAAAUAUUUAACAAAGGCUAUUGUGUAAAAUUUAUGUUAGAAAAGCAAGAAACCUUUCCCUUGACAUUUCUGCGAUGAGGAUGAAACAUUUUGGUUUGUAAUUUCGAGAAAUAACCGGCGAUUGUCUAGGCUAUAGACGGCGAAAAUCGCCGGGUGCCGGCUCCUAUUGGGAACACUGAUACUGUAGUUUCCAUUCCCUUUUUCGAGUAAGGAAGAGCCUUCGAAAGGAAAAAGCGACAUGCUUUACAGGGUAAAUCACUGUUUCAUUUGUUUAACCUUUUAGCACGGGCUUUCUUGCUUUUUAUGGAAAAGAAAAUUCGUUUGUAUAAUAACUACAAACACGCAUUUUGAUUGGACAAUACCCGUGCAGUGUCAGACAAUCCUGCAGGGAAAAUUUAAAUGCCUUUGCGCGGGCUUUUUAAAAUUUCGAACAAUAGAACUAUUUUAACGUGUUUAUAGUUAUGAAAGUGGUAUAAAGAACAUUCGUGGGGAUAGCGACUUACGAACUUUGUCCGUGAUUGGUUAGCUCACGAAUUGAAGGUUGUGAGAAUUGCACAAUUUAUCAAUAAUUUUAAUAAAGUUUACCGUUUAUGUGGCUCGUGAUCAUGUGUUUUACGCUUUCCGAAAGUCUCGCAAUAUCCCGAGUGCAUCGAUGACGCUAUCCUUCACGGAAAACCGUUCGGUAUUCCAUUAAUAAUGUUAUGUUCAUCUAAUGAUACGUAUAAUGUUUUGAAUUCGUGCGUUUGCUUUUUCUUUCAGGAGACGUUGUUGACAUUGGUCCGUCAAAAUUCGACGACAUUAACAUAAUAGCUGGUGCUUUAAAACUUUAUCUUCGUAUGCUGCCAUUACCCGUCAUAACGUUUGAAACGUACAAUAAUUUUAUCGAGGCAAUACGUGAGUGUUGAAUUUAAUGUUCAAGCGUCUAUUUUUCUUUUUUCACUAUCGACUCUCACUUUAGACUGCAUGCGCCAGUUAAAAUCUAGUACAGUAAUUCUUCUAGUAAUCUUGUAUAGUCAUUGACAGGUGUUUUAGCUACAGUCAAAACAUUCGCCGUUAUACGCCAUUUUUCCAAAUACGUCUAUAGCCACCACUGAAUUUCCCAGACUGUUUAGACCUGCCAAAAAUAACGUAACUAUUAUCAAUGAAAAAAAAUAUAUAUAUAUAAGAUUUCUCAACCUUCAAAACUUUGCUCAAGGAGAAUUGGGAACCAGAUCAGUGUUACGAGGAUGCCACCCAAAACAAUAUGAAAUGUCUCCUAAGUGGACACAUUUUUUAACUCGCCUCCGAAUUUCCUGAGCUAAUUGAAUUCCCCAAUUUCAAAAAUUGCCAAUUUUUUUCUUUUGGCUAACACCCUGAUUCAUACUGACCUUUAUUAUCGUAUUUUGUUAUUUAGAGUUGGAGAAACACGAAAGUAUCGAAGCAAUUGGCCGAGCUUUACAGGAAUUACCUCAUGCACAUUACGCCACUCUAAAAUAUAUCAUCUCGCACCUAACCAUGUAAGUUUACAACCGCUUUGAAAUAACUACUGUGUACAGUAUAAUACUGAUGUCUUUUGACAAUUUUACUUAGUUUUUUCAUUGUAAAAUUUGUUAUUUUUAUGUGCAGUGUUACAAGGUUUUCCAAGGAUAACAUGAUGAAUUCAGAAAACUUGUCCAUUAUCUUUGGCCCCACUCUGAUGAGGCUUCCUGAAGAAAAGAGUCUUUUGGAAUCUCAACAUUACAUCAAACUUCAAAAACUUAUUGUCCAAUCUAUGAUUGAUGAAUAUGAAACAUUAUUUGGAAUAUAAAAGUGUUCAUUAUAUGUAGUUAGUAUAAUAGAUGCCUAGCCUGCUCGCAGACGUUGUUAUUCUUACGCCAAGCGACGAAAAACUAAUGUCUGCUUACCCGAGCUGCACAUUCAGUUCCCUUUGUUUUAGGAGCCAAUCAUCUGGCAGUGUUCAAAAGAGUUAGAGCCAAUUGGAAGCCGCCUUAUUGAGCGAUUAGCUACUGGGGAAACCCCUUGCACAUCACAUGGGAAUAUAUUGUUUGGGUUGAAAUUUGUUUACUUGCGUGGAUAUAUUUUGGUAACUAUAGCGUUGAACUUCACGAUGUUUACGUGGACUAAUAUUGUGAUCAUCUUCUCGCAUGUUCUGCAAACAAUCGGUGUAUAUAAAAUGCAAAAGCAAUGCAGUAGGCGAAAUUUAAAUUUUUGUUAACAAUAACAAACAAUCAAUCUGGAAACUCUGGUAUAUCAGGAUAUGUCCAAAUGUUGCUCUUGAUAUACUUCCUAUAUGAUUAAGAGAAAAGAUUAAGCUCUCGUUGUCAUCUAGAAACGUGUAGCCAAGUUAGAGUAUAAACGUUUCGAAGUUUGGGCGAAUUGGAAAAUUCAUCUCGGCGCAAUUACAAGUUUCUCGGGUUUGUGUUGUGUUUACAGUUUACAUUCAGAAGUGCUUGCUCAAACAGCAAAUUAGUUUACUUUGAAGCUACUAUUUCGCUUUCAAAGCCACAGUAUUAUAUAAACAUUUUCUGUCUUCCGAGUUCUUUUGUCUUAUAUAGAUAAACAUCCGUCAAAAGUUCGAAUUUCAGCGAAAUAUAUUCGGUAUUUGAUGCUCCUAAAUCAAAUGACGUCACUUUCCAGAAUUUGGAAGGUAAAUUCUGAUUGGGUGACGAAGCGGAAUUCAGUUUGGCGCUCAGGUAAGCCAUAGUGGGUAAGCAGACGUUAGUUUUUCGUCGCUUGGCGUAAGAAUAACAACGUCUGCGAGCAGGCUAAUAGAUGUCCAACUUAUUGUUGUUCUUUUAAAUUUAAUCGAAUUAUUUUGCCAAAAAUAUUUACAUGGGUGCCCCAUUGCAUGGCGUUUACACCGCUUGUAUAUUUUUUGGGAUUUACCUAACAAAUUAGCUACCAGAUAUCUUACAUCGUAUAGCUCCACCUGCCACCUCCACAGGCCCUGCUGUAUUAUGCGAUUGCUACACCGAAAUUCUCCUGGAUCUUGUUAAAAGUAUAUGUCAUGACUUUCGCGAUUAUAUAUAUGCAAGAUAAAUUUGCAUAAUUAAGUACCAAUCGUUUCAGUCUUUAAAACAAGUUAUAAACUGGUUAUUUGUUUAAUACAUGUUGACAACAGAUAACCCAUGGCAAGUGUUACUCGAAGUGCAUGAUGGAAUUGGACCAUUUUGUUUACAAGAUUUGCCAGAUCCUCUAGAAGUUGUGACCUCCCAUGAUGCAAUAUAGCAAUGUUAGCUCAAAUCAACAUUACUCGACUGUCCAAAUCAAAAAUAUUUUUUGAAAAAUACCUAUAGUAAAUAUUUCAAGUAAACUUGAGUAAAUUACUGUAAUCUCCCUCUCUGCAGCCGGCACUAGUGAAGAAACCACUGGCGGUCUGCGAAGGAAGCUAAGAAUUAAACAGUUCAUGCAGAGACAUGGUUGGAGUUUUAUGGUUUAAUGUUACCGAGAUUUUAUACACGUAAAAUCCAUGCACUAUUUUUGUAUUAAUUGUGUACUAACAUUAUAAUGUAGGAAAAUGAAUUGUACAUUUGUGAGUUUUACUAUAGUUAAUUAAUAAAAGCAUAUUAACAUGACUUCGCUAACUAAUACAUUGUUUAUAAACCUGGU